AAAAAGAGAACGAAGUAAUUGUUCCUGUUCUCUUUCUUAAGUCAUUUGAAACACUGUCCCAGCUCCUUCUGUAAGUUCACUGCAAUCUGUACACAAGAGAAAGAGGGAGAGGGAGAGAGAGUGCAUGAGAGCAGAAAGCAGGUAAAGAAAGCGCUUGGUGCUGCAGCUAUUCAGACCUCAGGAGCUGAGGAAGCCAUCAACAAUGCAGAACGAAUCACGGAUGACCAAAGACCAAGAUGUGUGUUUCAACAUGGGCAUGAAGAGAGCUCCGCCUUUCCCCCAUUGCCUACAGUUGGGAACCCCAAGGAUGAAAUCUCACCAGAGGCCACCCUUUACAGAAGAGUUCAGGGGGCCCUUUGCCCAGUUUCGGUACGAACCUCCUUCGGGAGACCUAGAUGGAUUCCCAGGAAUCUUAGAAGGGGGUGGGUCUCGGAAGCGGAAGAGCAUGCCCACCAAAAUGCCCUAUAACCACCCUCCGGCUGAUGCCACAACUUCCCACCAACCUGAUAAGGACAAAAGCCACUGCUCUCCUGGCCUACCUUUGCUCUUCCAGCAGCCCCCAGCCCCCAAGUACGACGCCCAGAUGAUCGACCUCUGUAACAUUGGCUUCCAGUUCUACCGCACCCUAGAACACUUGGGGGCCAAACCCAUCAAGCAAGAGCCCAUCAAACCCAGCGCUGUGUGGUCCCACCCUCCUCCCCCACCAUUCCUGCCUACACCUUACCCCUACUACCCCAAAGUCCACCCGGGCCUGGUGUUCCCUUUCUUCAUGCCGCCCCCUGGCUUCCCCUACAGCCGGCAUUCCUUCCAGCCCAAACGUCCAACCCAGCCACCGGUUCCCCAGAAAACUGAGAGGCAGGACAGCGAGGAGAGCAAGCAGAAGGUGGAGAGGGUGGACGUCAACAUCCAGAUCGACGACAGCUACUACGUGGACGUGGGCGGGGAACAGAAGCGCUGGCAGUGCCCUAUGUGUGAGAAGUCCUACACCUCCAAGUACAACCUGGUCACUCACAUCCUGGGCCACAGCGGGAUCAAACCCCACGCGUGCACCCGCUGCGGGAAGCUCUUCAAGCAGCUCAGCCACCUGCAUACCCACAUGCUGACCCACCAGGGCACCCGGCCCCACAAGUGCCAGGUGUGCCACAAGGCCUUCACGCAGACCAGCCACCUCAAACGGCACAUGAUGCAGCACAGCGCCGUGAAGCCUUACAACUGCAGGAUCUGCGGCCGGGGCUUUGCCUACCCCAGCGAGCUCAAGGCCCACGAGUCCAAGCACGAGAGUGGGAGGGAGAAUAUCUGCGUGGAGUGUGGCCUGGAAUUCCCCACCCUGGCGCAGCUGAAGCGGCACCUCACCACUCACCGGGGCCCCAUCCAGUACAACUGCACCGAGUGCGACAAGACCUUCCAGUACCCCAGCCAGCUCCAGAACCACAUGAUGAAACACCAGGACAUCCGGCCCUACAUCUGCUCCGAGUGCGGCAUGGAGUUUGUGCAGCCCCAUCACCUCAAGCAGCAUUCCCUCACCCAUAAGGGCGUGAAGGAGCACAAAUGUGGCAUCUGUGGGCGGGAGUUCACCCUGCUGGCCAACAUGAAGCGGCACGUGCUGAUCCACACCAACAUCAGGGCCUACCAGUGUCACCUGUGCUUCAAGAGCUUUGUGCAGAAGCAGACGCUCAAGGCCCAUAUGAUCGUGCACUCGGACGUCAAGCCUUUUAAAUGCAAGCUGUGUGGGAAGGAGUUUAACCGAAUGCAUAAUCUCAUGGGCCAUAUGCAUCUGCACUCAGACAGCAAACCCUUCAAGUGCCUCUACUGCCCCAGCAAGUUCACCUUGAAAGGGAAUCUGACCCGUCACAUGAAGGUCAAACACGGAGUCAUGGAAAGAGGAUUUCACUCCCAAGGUUUUGGAAGAGGAAGGAUGGCCCUCUCCCAGACGGUAGGGGUGUUGAGGAGCUUGGAACAAGAAGAACCUUUUGACCUUUCACAGAAACCUCGGGAGAAGGGUACCCCCUUUCACUCUGAUGGAGAGAGUGCCAAGGGCAGCUCUUGCCCAGAAGAGGAGGAGGAGGACACGUGCUAUGAGCCUGAGCAGUACAGCCCUGGUCUGUACCAGCAGAACAAGCCACUGUACACGCCCCAGGACCUGUCUAGAAAAACUGAGCAAGUGAUGAAAACUCUGCCAGAGUCCUACGGUGAGAAGGAAGGCACUCUGAACAAAGCCUUGGAAGAGAAAGGGAAAGACGGCGUCGGUGCCAAAGGAGGCCACGAGAGAGACUUCGCAUGCAAAGAUGAGCUCUGCAGCUUCAGGGCUUUUCAGAAUGGCAGGCUUGAGCCUUCUUUUUCUGAUUAUCUUUACUUUAAGCACAGGAAUGAGAGUUUAAAAGAAUUACUGGAGAGGAAAAUGGAAAAACAAACGAUGCUUUUAGGUAUCUAAAUGGACAGCUUUGAAAUUACCUUUGGAAAAUGAGAACCCGGCGGCUCACAUGCAGCUUUCAGUAGGAGCUAUAAUUUGCUGGGGACUACCCAUUUGGGCAGCUCCUUAAAGAAGAUUGGACCAAAUCAGUAAGAACAAUUUAAGGCAAAGUAAAUGUCUUGCAGGUGGUCUGUUGGCCCUUUAAUGUCAAUAGCAUAGUUUGGAAUCUUCCCUCCGGUGUUAUUACAGUCCCUACUAUAUGUAAUAUUCCUUUGGAUAUUUAAUUGCAAGUGGACUCUCAGUUGAUUACAGGGAUUUUGUUUUCCUCUUUCUGAUACUGCCCAUAUGCAUCACACUCAUACCUUUUCUUUCUAGUUGCCAAAUAGCAAAGGUUCUUCAGGUAUUAACUUACUAAUGAUGAUUUAGUAACAAAUAGACAUGGUAGAUCUCAAGAAAAUAUUUUUUUCCAAAUAGACUAAAAUAUCAUUAAGUGCAUAUAUGACAAUAGCAUUUAAUAAUUUUUUUAAAAAAGAAACUUUCCAUACAUACUAGAAAUGACUCCAGUAGCUCAAGAGUUAGACCUGGGAUUUGCAUGUUCCCAAGAUGUCCCUGGAAGGGUGAGAUGAGAUCUAAGAUAAGACUUUCUAUGCUGUCAAGUGUCUGUGAAGAUGGAUUGAGGAAAAAAACAAAAAACAAGAUACUAAGUUCCUAACUAUAUAUACUAAUGUCCUGCCCCAGCUGCUUUCUGUUGGGGAAAGACUAGAGACAAAAUCUUGAUGCUGUUCUGGUAAUAUGCCUUGUGUUCUAGAUCUCUAGCCUAACAUGCAAUGUGAACAGCAGGAAAAAGCACCAUCUAUGGAGUCCAACAAUCCUAGGUUCUACUCCCAGCCUUGCUCACUUGGUACCUGGGUAACCCUAGAAAAGUCUCUUUCCCUUUCUGGGUCUUACUUUUCUCAUCAGUAAAAUUGAGGGGGUUACACUGGAUGAUCUCUAAAGUCCCUUCUAACAUUCGGUCCUGUGAUCAGAGGCUCUUGAGAAAUUUACCCACCAACAAAAGCAGUGUGUGUGGGG